AUGGCUCCUCGUAAUCAACAAAAUGAAAUUGUCGAUGUGCAAGUGGAUGAUAAAAUAGCACAGGAUUUAGCGAAUCUGGGCGUGAUUGUGCCGCGUACAAAACCGACGAUUGCGGUUGAAAAUCGAUCAGAAAAACAUCAGCGUAAAGUUCUAGCACAAGAGCGAAGACAAGAACGACUCGUCGAACAACGAAAGAUGGUUGUGAAUAUGGAAGGUCUGAUGGAAAAAAUUAUUGAUGAGACACCGUUAUCGAGAAAAGAUGCAGAGAAUUUACGAGAAAAAGUUAACAAAAUUCUUACAAAAGUAAACAAGGCGUCAGAAACACCUAGUUUAACGUCGAUUCGCCCAUCUGUCAGUGAGGAUAUACCGUCGGCAUCGUCGUCUCAAUUGAAAUUGAAUUCUAACGCAACCUCUUCACAAUCAAUUAAUCAAGGAGCUUUCCUUCUAUGGAAGAAUAAAAACUUCAAUAAUAACCAUCAAUAG